UCUACGAGAAAAAUAUUCUAAUAUUCCAGGAGCCAUGUUUCAUCUUUUGCUGCUCUUUGGGUUUUUCAGCCUCGGCGUCUGUCUCCCUCGUCAGUAUCACUUCAUUAAUGAGAAGAAGACCUGGGCUGAAGCACAGAGAUACUGCAGAGAGAAUUAUGAUGAUUUAGCCAGUAUUAAUAACACUAUAGAGGAACAGGCCCUUACUAAUGUAAUAAACAUAUGGAACAGUGGCCAAACCUGGAUUGGACUGUAUGAUGAUCUGAACAGCUGGAAAUGGUCUCUGGAUGAUGAUUCUUUUUAUAAGGAAGGAGAGAGAAGCUUUAGAAACUGGUAUAUACAGAAACCAAGGAACUGGGGUGGAAACAGUUUGUGUGUAGGUUUAUCGGGUUAUUCUGGAGUAUGGUAUGAGGCCUCUUGUUCUUUGACACAUCCCUUCCUUUGCUUUGAUGGUAGGGUAAAUGCCAGUGAAAGAUAUGUCCUGGUUAAUCAGAACCUGAACUGGACUGAAGCUCAGAGCUACUGCAGAGAGCAUUACACAGACCUGACCAGUGUGAGGAACGACACAGAGAACCAGAAAAUCGGAUCAUUGUUUUUUAAUAAUAAUAAUAAUAAUUAUUAUUAUUAUUAUAAUUAUCAUUAUAUUCCGGUAUGGAUUGGCCUGUACAGAACCAGGUCUUGGUCAGAUAAAAGCAACUCUUCAUUCAGCAACUGGCAACCUGGACAACCAGAUAAUUAUGCAGGGAAUGAGUCCUGUACUGCCGUGUCAUUUAAUGAUUCUGGGAAAUGGACAGAUGAAAACUGCAGUCAAGCUUUUCCAUUCCUCUGUUACAGCACAAUGUCAUCAAAAUCAUCAAACUCCUGCACAGGAUCCUCAUGUUCCCUCCAUCAGUAUCACUUUAUUAAUGAGAAUAAGACCUGGACUGAAGCACAGAGAUACUGCCGAGAGAAUUACACUGACCUGGCCACCAUUGAUAACAUGGAGGAAAUGAACACACUCCUUAACACAGUAAAUGGCAGCUACUCAGGUUUAGCCUGGAUUGGACUGUAUGAUGAUCUGGACAGCUGGAGAUGGUCUCUGGAUGAUGAUGCUUUCUACCAGGAGGGAGAGAGAGACUUCAGAGGGUGGGACCAGCAACCUGAUAACUACAAUGGACAAGAACUGUGUGUUUCCAUGAAUCCAACAGGGGAAUGGUUUGACAUGCCUUGUACUGACAGAAAGGCUUUUGUUUGCUAUAAUGGUACAAAUAAUACAUAUGUGGGGAUUUAUAACACAAUGACUUGGGAAGAAGCUCAGAGCCUCUGCAGAGCAAAUCACACAGACCUGGCUAGUGUGAGGAAUGAGACUGAACUUCAGCAGAUACUGAGCAUCACGAAUGGCCACGAGGUAUGGAUAGGUCUGUAUAGGAACCGAUUAUGGUCAGAUCAGAGCAACUUGACUUUAACAUAUCGGAAACGAAUGACAAUUGAAUAUUUUGGCAUGAGGGAGGGUUCAACUGCACAACACCGAAAUCAACGCUGCACAGCUGUACAUCUUUCUAGUGACUGGACAGAUGAAAACUGUUUUGUCAGUUUCCCUUUCAUCUGCUACACUGCAGCAUUCAUUCCAGGUGCUGUGAUGGGACUGCAAGUGAAAGUCAAAGCUAAUGCAAAUCCCUCGUAUUCUGAGAUUAAACGACUGGUGUUGAUGAAACUUGAAGAAGAAGUGCGCAGACUGGGACUUUCAAGGAACGUCACUUUGAACGUGAGAAACAUCCAUAAGCUUGGUCCACUCAAGGAGAUUGAGGAGGACACGGCUGCAGAAAAUUUAAAGUAAUGUACAGAAAGGUACCUGAAAAAAGAAGAAGCGAGACUAUGGCGCAUACGAUGGCACACGAACAGGAUAACAACAAAAGUUUGACAAUCAGAUGCUGAAAGACAGGAACUUAUAAAUUGGUGCUAAUCAGAGUGAAACAAGACACAGGUGCAAGUGAUAGAAAACAUAACAUGUGCUGGGACUGAUGAUGAAGUGUAGUUCAGUGCCCCUUUUGCGCUAUCAUGACAGGUCCAUGAAGAACAAAGUCUACAUUCAUCUCUGUUGAAACAUAAAUACUGUUAUUUAAAAUGCUACAUUACAAAUAAGCUAAGUGAAUUAAGGAUUCAUUAAAUAAACAAACUGAAUUUUACCAUAACAAAAAUAUUUACAGCUUGCAAAAUCCUUGAAAUGCCUCCUGGCUUUGACUAUAACAAUAGCAAAUCACUGUAAUUACACUAAGUUGUGAACGAGCAUAAUUUUCUAAGGUGUAAUGCAAGCAACAGUAAAAAUUUUAAUGGUUAAACACA